GAGACCGAAUUGAUACAGGUCAAGCAGCAGCUUGGUCAGCAACAGGACCUUGUUCAAAGGCUGCAAAUUGACAACGCGAUGCACAACGAAGAGGAAGAUCGAUUGAGAGAAGAGGCCCGUCAGGCACUGGCACUACUAGAGCAACACCGUCGUUUGAACUCAGAAGAGCGCGUCAGAAAGGAGAUUGAGAUGGUGAACAUUGUCACGAAUGAGCGGUCAGCUAGGAGAGCUUGUGAGGAAGAGUUGAGCCAAGCGAAAGAGUCGGUGGAGGCUCUAACGAGUCGGGUCCGUCAACUGCAAAUCGAACAAAGAGAGCAAGAAGCUCGAAACGCCUUGCGUGAUCAGGACAAGGCAGAGCUGGAGAUUGCAAAAUUGAAGCAAAUGACGUUGAGCGGAGGAGAUCACCCGUCCGACAAUCUCAUUCGACAAGCCAUCAAGUAUAGACGUGCAUAUCAAGAUACCUGAUACAUGACCCACUAGAAGGGCUUGUG